UGGCAACAGUGCGUCAGGGAGUUGAAUGAGACAAGUGCAUUUCUAUAGUUAUAUUGCUAUAUGUAGUCCUAAAGAUUAUUUUUUUUAAAAGCACAUUGGGUUAAAACCGCAUAAAAAAAUUUUAUGUGGCCGGCAUGUCGCAGCAGCAGGCCAAAGCUUUUGAAAUUCUGGAAAAGUAAAGACGGUCUGAAGAAAAAGAACAGAGAUAAUUGUGUCAUGCAGGACUCAAAGUCUGGAAAUUGUGUUAAUGGAGUCUUCUACUCAGAAAAGGUUGUUAUAUUGGAUGCUGGUGCUCAAUAUGGGAAGGUGAUUGACAGAAGAGUAAGGGAAUUAUGUGUUGAGACAGAAAUUCUUCCAUUAAGUACUCCAGCAGAUACUCUGUUAGCUCAGGGCUUUAGAGCAAUAAUUAUAUCUGGAGGACCGAGCUCUGUCAAUGCUGCUGAUGCCUAUGCUCAUGAUCCACAAAUUUUUACUUGUGGUUUACCAAUUUUGGGGAUAUGCUAUGGCAUGCAGAUGAUAAACAAACACUUUGGUGGAACAGUUCUUAAAAAAGAUACAAGGGAGGAUGGCCAAUUUGUUGUUCAAGUUGACACAUCAUCUGCAUUGUUUAAAGGUCUGGAUAAAGAAGAAACUGUAUUAUUAACACAUGGUGAUAGCACUGAUAAAGUAGCAGACAAUUUUAAAGUUAUAGCAAAAUCUGGGCAUCAUGUUGCAGCUAUUGCAAAUGAAAAACUAAAGAUAUAUGGAGUGCAGUUCCACCCAGAAGUUGAUUUAACAACUAAUGGAAAGCUGAUUAUGAAGAACUUUCUUUAUAAUAUAUCAGGUUUAUCUGGAAAUUUCACUAUGCAAUCACGUGAAGCAGAAUGUAUUGAAUAUAUAAAGAAAUGUGUUGGAAAAAAUAAAGUGCUUAUGUUAGUCAGUGGAGGAGUUGAUUCCACCGUUUGUGCCGCUCUACUAAAUCGAGCAUUAAAGGAAGAUCAAGUGAUAGCAAUUCAUAUUGAUAAUGGAUUCAUGAGGAAGAAUGAAAGUUUACAGGUUGAAAUGUCAUUAAAGAAAUUAGGCCUAAAACUUCGAGUUCUAAAUGCAUCUCAGAACUUCUAUAAUGGCUCAACCACAGUUCCUGUUGAUAGGAAAGAUCCAAGUGGUAGAAAACGUGACACUCCUCUCCUUUGUAUGACAACAGAUCCUGAGGAAAAGAGAAAAAUUAUUGGUGAUACCUUUAUGAGGGUAGCUAAUGAAAUCAUAGCAGACCUCAGUUUGAAACCAGAAGAAACUUUACUUGGUCAAGGAACACUUAGACCAGACCUUAUUGAGAGUGCCUCCGCAUUAGCAAGCUGUAAUGCAGAUGCUAUCAAAACUCAUCACAAUGACACAGAUUUGGUCCGUAUUCUUAGAUCAGAGGGUCGUGUCAUAGAACCUCUAAAAGAUUUCCAUAAAGAUGAAGUAAGGAUUAUGGGAAAAGAUUUGGGUUUGCCUGAUGAAGUUGUUCAAAGGCAUCCUUUUCCAGGACCUGGUCUUGCUGUUAGAGUUAUUUGUGCUGAGGAACCAUUUAUGGAUAAGUCUUUUGCAGAAACGAGUGUGCUUGUUAAAGUUAUAAUUGAAUAUGCAACAUCUGUAUUAAAAAAACAUGCCCUAGUUAAUAAAGUGAAAGACAGUGCAACUGAAGAUGAGCAGGCCUUUUUAACUGCUGUGUCCAAUAAAUAUAAGCUUAAAUCUACCCUUCUUCCUAUCAAAAGUGUUGGCGUUCAGGGUGACCAACGCACUUACAGUUAUGUUGUAGGAUUAUCAACAGAUGAAGAAAUAGCAAAUUGGGAAGAUAUUAUGACUCUUGCUAAAAUUAUUCCUCGUGUUUGUCACAAUGUAAAUAGGGUUUGUUAUAUUUUUGGUUCUGCUGUUACAUAUCCAGUUCAUGACAUCACCCCCACCUUCUUAACUCCUCUUGUAUUAAGCACUCUUCGCCAGGUGGAUCAUGUAGCUCACAAUGUUUUGCAAAGCAGUGGGUAUAUGGGAAGCAUAUCUCAAAUGCCUAUAGUUCUUAUACCUAUACAUUUUGAUAGAGAUGUUGUGUCAAGAAAUCCUUCUUGUCAGAGGUCUGCUGUAAUCAGGACAUUUAUAACACAUGACUUUAUGACUGGAAUACCUGCUACACCUAAUAAGGACCUGCCUUUAGAAGUUAUUCAUAAAAUGGCAGAAGAUAUGUUAAAUGUUCCCGGAAUAUCCAGAAUUCUGUAUGAUUUAACACCCAAACCUCCUGGGACUACAGAAUGGGAGUGAAAUCUGUUCUAGAAUUUUUUAAUGUAAUUGUGUGGGCUUAUCUUUAAUAUUUCACGGGGGUCAAAAAUGUAAAUAAAAAGCCUUACUUUUAAUACAUAGUUUAGUCAGUUGGAAAAUUAUUAAAAUAAGGAGAAAAAAAAUGUAAAAUUUAUUUUGAAAUACAUUCUUGAAAGAAAAGUAAUUUUUUUUUUUUUUUUUUUAAUUUCAAAUUUUUUUGUGUGUUAAGUUUACAAAAUUACAUACCUUGGAAAGUUGCUGUAAUGCAAAACAUUGUCUGUGUGAUACCUUUUCCACCUUUCAUUGUUCAAUGAUUCUUUAACUUUAAUAUUGUUAAAAGUUACUCAAAUAUUUGUUCUGUUAAUCUGUUAUUAUUGUUGAGCUAUGAUUAAAAAUACUUCCCAUAUGUGCCUCAUAAAAUAAAUGAAAUUAAGCUAAUGAACAAAAAAAGCAAUAUAUGAUAUAUUUUUCAAAUGUAAUUGAUUAUGCACUUUGAAUGCAAUGCAAACAACGAAAAAUAUUGUUUAGCAAGGAUAUGUUAUUAAUCUUGCAAAUGCCUGUUACACAGUUUAAACGUUAUGAUAUUCCUGACAUUUUUUAAGACUGCAAUAAGCAUAAUCAAUUAUAUUAUAUAUUUUAUACUGAAAAAAUCUUAUUUGUGUGUGCGUGUGUGUACUUUGUGUUAUACCAUAUGAACAAUGAAAGAAUGGAAUAGCUUAUUUAUUGCCUUUACAAGAGAUAAUCUUAGAUCAGAAGAUUUUGUGAUUGAUCUUCUGGUAGAUUGUUACUUUUCCUGUUUUAAGAUGUUAAUAAUAAUAAAUUGAGAUGAUAAACAUUUUACAUACUUGUGCAAAUGUUUAUAUCUGUGCAGACUUUUUUCACAUUGUAAAUACAGUGAUAAUCUUAAAAGAUUCAGAUGAUGGAAUGUGCAGCAAAACUUUUGUUAAAAUAAUAAUAAAAAAAAAAAACAGUUUGCUAA